AUGAUUCCAACCAUCCAAUGGAUCCAUCCAGUAAACAAAGUAAUGUAUCUUGUACCUGUUCUCAACCUAGUUACCAUUUUGCGUUGCAUAUGCAGGGGAGGUUGCAUUGUGGGUUGCAUAUGCGGCUCUCUAUGUGGCCUGGGGAAGCUCAUGGUGACAGUGAAGCGGGCCAGCGGCCUGUGGGGGGAUUACUUUUCCGCUACAGAUGCCUUUGUCAAGGUCUUCUUUGAGAGAAGAGAGAUGCGGACUGGCACCAUCUGGGACAACAACAAUCCCGUCUGGAACGUCCACUUGGACUUUGGUACCGUCCGCAUCACCAACGCCAGCAAGAUUCGUGUUCAGGUUUGGGACGAGGACAAGUGGAAGAAUGAAUUGCUGGGAAGCUGCGACAUCCCGCUGGAGUCUGGGGGGCCCCACCAGAAGGAUUGCUACCUGAACCACGGCCGCAUCUGGUUCCAGUACAGCCUGCGCUGUGGGCCCCACCUCGAGGGCCGGAGCUGCUUCGACUAUGUCUCCCAGCCAUCCCAGCAGAGCACAGCCAAGGGGAAGGAGGUGGAGGCCUUCUGGUGA